UCUCGUACACAUCCACAUUGUUAUGUUUUCCCUUGCAAGUUUCAACCUUUUCUUUCCUUAAGAGUCUACCUCUCACCUUUUUACGCCCUUUAUAAGUCCAUUAAUGCACUAUUAGAACUGUCGGUGUAUCUUCUUUUGAAAAAAAUCACUUAAGUUUGGAAUCUCUACGUAAUCCAACCGAUUAAUGUGGUCAAAAUGGGUCAAGAAUUCCAACUUUUUGUUCUUAAUUGCCCAAAAUUUCUGCAGCUGUGCAUAUAUUGAUAAGCAUGCGAAACGCAUGAAUACUUUCCAUUGAAGUUCUCUUGUGUUUGUUUUGGUUGCAUGAAAUGGUUCUCUUUUAUUCUGGUGGUUCAUUUGUUCAUGAGUUGUAGUUCAGAGCCCUGUGUGGGCUCUGAUUUCAUUACACCCAUUUCAAAGUUUUUACCUUUUCUUGCUGGGUGUUUUUGUUUCUGAGAAAUCAAUAACAGGAAACAGUUAAAUUUUCUUAGUUCAAUCUGUUCAUUCAUUCUUUAACCGUGUUUUUUUUCUUCCCGACAAGACCACCCAACUUAAGAUUGUUAGUGUGAGAAACUUCAGAAGAAGGUAAAGUGAGUCCAUCAUGGGCUUUCUAACAGACUCUCACAAGGACUCAUGGCAGCCCAUUAUGACUACAAAGACAAACACACACAGUUACUGGCUUAAUUGGAGAGUUCUUCUUUGUUCAAUAUGGAUUCUGGUUUCAGUGAUCUUGUCAUCGUUGCUUUUAUGGAAGUAUGAGCGUUUGAGAAAACCAGAAACCAACGGAAGCAGGGAAACAGAAAAAGAAACAUCGGCAACUCUGUACGAGGAUGAAACUUGGAAGCCUUGCCUAAAAGGAAUUCACCCUGCAUGGCUCAUGGCUUUCAGAGUGGUGGCAUUUUUUGCGCUUUUGGUGCUUCUCAUAAUCAAUUCCAUUGUUGAUGGAGGAAGCAUUUUCUACUACUAUACUCAGUGGACUUUCACUUCAAUCACCAUAUAUUUUGGGCUUGGAUCUUUGCUCUCCAUACAUGGAUGCUACCAAUAUCAUAAGAAAGCAACUGGGGAUAAGGUUGAUAAUGUGGAAGCAGAUGCAGAGCAAGGAAUAUAUGAUUCUUCUGCACUACCACAAAGCUCUAAUAAUCUAUCAGACCAAGAGAAAAACUUAAGAGCCUCAGAAGUUGUUAUUCGCCAACAUGCAGGGAUUUGGGGUUAUAUUUUUCAAAUAAUAUUCCAGAUUAAUGCUGGUGCAGUCAUGCUCACUGAUUGUGUAUUUUGGUUCAUAAUUGUUCCAUUUCUAACCAUCAAAGAUUACAACCUAAAUUUUUUGAUAGUGAUUAUGCACUCAAUCAAUGCAGUUUUCCUUAUAGGUGACACAGCUUUAAAUUGUCUGAGAUUCCCUUGGUUUCGAAUAGGAUACUUUUGCCAGUGGACAAUCAUAUAUGUGAUUUUUCAGUGGAUGGUUCAUGCUUGCAUUUAUAUAUGGUGGCCUUAUCCUUUUCUUGAUUUGUCAUCCUCUUAUGCUCCACUAUGGUACUUUGCAGUGACAUUACUGCACAUUCCAUGCUAUGGAAUUUUCGCCUUGUUAAUGAAGCUGAAACACCAUGUUUUGUCAACUCGGUUCUCUGACUCUUAUCAAUGUCAAAUAAAUUCAGCCUAGUUCUUACUCACCCUACAAAAAAGAUAAAGAAGUGUUAGAUAAAAUUCUUAUUAUUUAACAAUAAGAUUUCACACAUAUAAACAAAAUAUACUUUCUUUGUUUGACCAAAACAGUAAUUAGAAUUUUGUUCUUACUCUAACUCUUGUCAAGUAGAGAGCCGUGUAACUAAUUAUGAAUUCAUAAGCACUAAAUCAAGGAUUAUUUAUUAGUGUUAAUAUAUAAGUAUUAUAAUCCAUUCUCCUUGUGUGUAAUA